AGAAGACCAGAGUAGUGUGCUAUGUAUGUUAUCUUGGUGGUGGUGCUUUGAUCGCGUAAUUAAUGGAGGAGAGAACAUUCGUCCUUUGGCGCGCACAGCAGCGAGUGAACUUCACUGAAGGUGACUUGACAGCUGAUCGUAUUUCGGCAGUGUUUAAGAUACAAAGAAAUGGUAUGUAUCUCCAAGACGAUUUUAGCCGGUUAGCUCGAUUUCCCAACUCUGGGGGAAAUUUUGAGACAACUUUAUGGCGGGAGAGGUCAUCCCUUGAAGUAAAGAGGUCAAAUACAGAAGUACCCGGCACGCCCACAACCUUUCAAGUUCCAUCGCCCCAUGAUUUUGGAUUGUCGCCAUUACCAUCAUCUGCAGCCACUUCAGCAUCGUUCCAAGUUCCUACUCAACACAUGCCUUGUUCCAGCAGGACUCCCACUGCCCUAAACAGAGCCACCAAACAGUCGGGAGAAGUAAGAAGAAAAGUAUUCCUGGCCGAACUCGAUCCUGACAGUGGAAAUCCCAUCCCCACUGCAACAGCCUACUUGAAACUAACUCCAGAAAAAUGCACAGUGGUAGACGUUUCCCAACUUUCCAAAGAAUACCUCAACAUAGAGGAUGACUUGGUUAUUGUGGUCAAAAACGGCUUUGAGAUCCUCGAUAAUUCAAGCACUCGAGGACCUGAAUUCUGGGGAAAAGGAACAAUGAAGAUAUAUGCCUGCCGAAAGGUAGAAUACGAGCGCAUGAAACAGAAAAGAGCCAAGAUGACGUCCAGAGACGUAAAAGGAAAAGAGGCAGGUUUACGAAUGCGCCAUCACUCGCUGAGUAUUCAAAUAUCAAUCUCAUCUUGGAUGAAUUAGAUGACAUGGAAGAUCUCAUCCAGCGCCACACGAAUUGCUGCAAGAGGCUACUCGAUUUAGAAAAAGCUCUGGCCACCGCAUUCAAGUGCACCAUAUGCCUGAAUAUUUUUCCACCAGAUGGUGUCGAAUUUGCAGGUUGCUGCCAGCGUCUUGUUGCUUGCGUUGAAUGUGCCGAAGAAUGAUAUCAAGGAAGCAAUUCCUGCCCACUCUGCAGAA